AUGGACGCUUCCAUCAGAGGUGAGAACCUCAAGUAUUUCCUUCGUCUACUUCAGUGUGCAGCGAAGUAUGGCGAUGAUCUGAAUAUCCAUGCUUCGCACAAAGCUUGGGAGUUAUCAGUCACCAACUCCAACAAGUCCGCGUUUUGCCUGUUCAAAUUGGACAAGAAAUUCUUUAGUCGAUGGUCAGCGAAAAGUAGGAAAGGUAUAAAAUGUCAAUUAUUAGUCAAAUCGGUCUUAGCGGUAUUGGGUAAAGCCGCUCAAAUCAAUACUAUCACUCGACUAGAUCUGAGGAUCAUCGACCCUUCUAACGAACUACGUCCACUGCAACACCGUAAAGACAGAGAAAGAGAUACGAGGAGCCCAUCGGUUUAUCAUGGUGACGGGGAUGACGGGCAUGGAAAUGGAAAUGGAAAUCAAAAUGAUAGACACUUCGGUGAUGAGGACGACUUUACGGAUGAUGAAGAUGCUAGGAUUAGUAUUGAAUCGAAAUUGAUUGUUAGACUGGUAUGUAAAUAUGGUGUAACCAAGAAACAUUCCCUUCAUCUCGGUUCAACAGAUUUCCUUCGAGCAGAUGUCGAUCCCGAUACUACUCCAUCGGGAUUCGUCAUUGCCACUCGAACUUUGCGAGAUUGGUUGGAGAACUUUGCCUUGUCCACUGGGACAAGCUACGGUGGAAAUGCAAAUACCGGUGGGACAGAUCAGUUGGGAUGGAUGUUCACUAAAAAAGAAGUCAGGGUGAAAUCAUGGGAGGGAUUAGGUGGAGGUGGUUUAUGUACAGAAAUCAAAGUUGAUCCGGAAGAGUUCCAGGAUUAUGAAGUAGUGGGAGAUAGGAUCGACCUGACCCUACCCAUGAAGGAAUUUAGAGCAACACUCAUGUUAGCUGAACAAUUAUCAGCUACACUAAACGUAUCUUUUUCCGAACCUGGACAACCUCUCACUUUAACAAGCUUAGACGAGGAAUUUGGAGAUUUCUCGAUCUUCUGCGCAAUAGCUACCACAUCUUGCGAGGUGUUUAAAGACGUUCGAUCACCUUCAGUCGAAAUCAAACGAUCGAACAGUGAUGCCCCACCUGGUCCACCACCACCUUCUCACGGCAGAAACCUCUCAUCGAGUAGUAGCUCAAGUGGUAGAAAGAGGAGAGGGUCAGAAACUCCUAGUCAAUUCAGAAAGAAAUCAAGUUUGAAUCUCACCGCUGCUCAGGAACCUAUGAGUACAGUUUACUUAGCUCAUUCAGCGGUUCAACGCAAUACUAAAGCUCAGGAUGAUGGACAAAUGGAUAUCGAUCACCCUCCUACCCAAAAUGGUAACGUGGAUCAAGAAGCUUUGUUCCUACCUGGUGCAUCGCAGGCGCCGGCAUCACCCGACCACCCUCCACGAAGUCAAGCUAUAAGGAUGAGUCAGGCGGAAAUACUCGAACAUGCCGGAUUGGGCGAUAUGAAUCUUGAAGAAGAGUUGGACUUGGCUGAUCAGGACGAUGAAAGGGAGAUGGAAGAGGAAUUUGCUAGAUCACAAAUUCCGAUAGAAGAAGAACUAGUCAGACCAUCUUCAGCACGUGAUCAUCCUAGUAGCAGUAAUGACUCGCCUUUAAAAGAGAAAGACAAAGGCAAGCAAGUACCUUCGCCACCAAAAGGGUCAAACAAUACCUCCAAUUCCGGGUCCGGUUCCGGCAACAAGAGUACCAAAUCUCACCCUGCCUGGGUAACCGACUCGAUCAGUGAUAACACCACCUCGGACUCUGGGCUGGUAUGGGAUAGUACGAUUGAAGAUCCCUCGCCUGGAUCUCCGCUCAAACAGAGUAGAAGCAGAAGCAGGAUAUCGACGUCGUCUCCACAGAAAGGACGAUCACCCCAAAAGGGCUCUCCAAGUCCUACAAAAACUCCAGGGAAUGGGAAAGAUGGUCAAUCUAAAUCGAAAGGCAGUACGGAUCCAGAGGAGUAUGACGAAUUGACGGAUGAGGAUGAACAGAUGGGUCAACCUACUCAAGUGAAACAGGGGUCUAGUAAAUUCACAAUGUUAUUCGAUGACUAG